AUGUUUUACUUGCAGACGGUCCCCUAUUGGCGUGAAUGGUAUAGGCUUCUAUCCCCAGACCCCUCGCCGGAGUUUGACUUCAAGAUUCGAAUGUCUCUGCCCAGGCCCCCGCUCGGGGAUAGGACCGUGUUUAUCAGUGCGGUUGGGCAUCUGGCGUUUGAUGAUUUGGGUGGGGAUCUUGCCGGUGAUAACGUCCCGUUUGUGUUGGAUGGUGCGAGUACUUGUUGUAUCAUCUCUGGGAAAUACGCCAGGUUCAGGGGGAUGGACAUGGAGGAGCUCCCUCCGGGCGAGGCUUACACCUUGGUUUUUAUUGAUGGGUCCACCGCGGAAUGCUCGAUGGUUGUCAGGGGAGUGGAGUGGACGCCUUGGGACAAUCCAGGGGCUGGAUACAUUAUCAGAGGCCGGACUUGUUUUGUGGACUUUCUUGUUGUUGAGGAAUGCCCGGCUAUGGUUAUUCUUGGGAGUACCUAUCUUGACGCGUUUGGGAUAUUGGAGGGGCCGGAGAAGGUUCCUGAUCUCGAAAGCUUCCAGAUUACUUCUCUGGGCUUCGCACCGUCACUGGAACAGUACCCUGAAGUUUCGUGGCUGUCGAAAGGAACGCGACCUGGCGUGAAGGUGGGGGAUACGUGGUUGGAAGUUGAGCUGCAGGUAGGGGCGGCAAUGGUCGAAAGGGGCGCAAAAAGGGGUCUUGCCAGCAAGGCGGCCAGUGAAAAACAGGCCGUUCAAGACAUUGGAUCAUCGGGCUUGCUCAUUGCCCAGGUUCUCAAGAAGGCCGGCAUCCCAGCCACAGUCUUCGAGCAAGACACCUCGCCCACGUCCCGCCACCGCGACUGGAACUUUGGCAUCUACUGGGCCCAGUCCCGGCUCGAAGAAUGUCUCCCUCCAAACCUACACGACCUCGUCAAGUCAACACAGACAGACCCGAACUAUGAGCCCUCGGUGGAUGAGAAGCUCAGCAUCUUCAACGGCCACACUGGCGAGAUGAUGAACAGCCUCCCCGCACCAUACAGCAUGCGGAUCCGGCGCAGGCCUUGGUUGGAGCUUCUCAAGACUGGAAUUGAUGUGCGCUAUGGCAAAAGGCUUUCCAGCGUGUCUGUCACGGAUAUAAGUAUGACGAUAGCCUUUGAAGAUGGGACAUCUGAAACUGGCACUUUGCUCAUCGGUGCGGAGGGAGCUCACAGUCCCACUCGAGAGUUUCUCUUCCGGAGUUCGCCCCACGAGGCAGCGUUGCUUAGCUGUCCUAUUGUCUCGACGGCUACUUUGACGACGUUUCCUAAGGAGAUUGCAGGAGAGCUUGCCAAGUUGCACCCUAAACAUAUCAUUACGUUUGACCCAGCCGGGAUGUUUGUUUGGAUAGGGGUCCACAACCGAACACCAACGGACUGCACUUACAUGAUCCUCGUCAGCUGGGAGUCACAAGAAGAGACUGGGCUGAGGGAAGCCGGCAGCGAUGCCAUCAUGGCUGACCUAAAGUGUCGAGCUGAGAAGCUGGCAUUCCCCUUCAAAGACGCCAUCCAGAGCGUGCCAAAUGGGACGAGAGCUUGGCACACCCGGCUCUCCUACUGGCCUACCAAGCCCUGGGAUAACCACAACGGAAAAGUAACCCUGGCAGGCGAUGCAGCGCACCCCAUGACGUUCCACCGAGGCCAAGGCCUAGGCAACGCCAUCGCCGAUGCGGCCGAGUUCCAGACCUGUUUGUCGUCCUCCAGCAACAACCUUGUCGAAGCGGUAGCAAAGUAUGAAAAGGAGAUGUGGGCGAGGGGUUUUGAGGCGGUAAAGGUGAACUUGGAGAAUAGUAUCGCGUUGCAUGACUGGAAGAAGGUGUUGUUGAGUCCAUUUUACAAGGCUGGUAUCAAGAGGGACGCGGAAGUUGGGGUGAGUGAGGAGGGCAAAGUGGACGAGAAGGGGCAAGCGAAGGGUGGCGAGGGGGGGCUGUUUGAUGAGUGA